AUCAAGACCAACUACUGAUGGUCAAGCAUCUUUAAAAAUGAAGGAGCAGAAAAGUUCUAAGUCAGGCAGUGACAAAACCAAGACUAGCAAGUCUACCCAAUCUGCCAGUGGUUCCUCCGGUUCUGGUGGUGGCAACACAUACCAGAGUAGCUAUACCUAUGAAAGUGGCCAGGAGCAGUCCUCUGAGUCCUCUGGCCAGAAGCUAUCCUCUGGGUCCUCUGGCCAGAGUCAGUCCUCUGGCAGUGGGUACACAUAUGAGCAGUCGUAUUCUAGCGGUCAGCAGAUCCAACAAGAGAUAUCCGUGUCCUAUGGGAGCAUUUACGGACCCAAGGACAGUGCUGUGGCCGCUUGCAAACAGAGUGGGAUGGAGCUGGCAGUCAUUUCAGAGAAGAUGAUCCAAGACAUGAUUGCCAAGGCCUUCCGGAACAAGUAUGAAGGUGACGUUUGGAUAAACAGCAAGUCUAAACAUGAGACAUGGACCUGGUGGGCCAACGACAAGGGCAGUGGCGAUUGCUUGAUCAUGAGUGAGAAGGAUGACUACAAGUGGAGACAAGCCCCCUGCACGGCCGAGAUUGCAUUCUUUGCUUGCAUGUCAAAAGGACCAGAAACUGUCGUAAACGGCAAGUGAGGAAGAGAGGAAUGAAGCUCCAUGGAAAUUGAGGAUUUCAAAAUAGUUUCCAGUUUAUGCGUUUGAAAUUUCAAUUAUUUUCACUCAGUGCUCUUUUCGGUGUAGGUGAAGAAAAGGGGAAUUGUAACAAUGUGGGUGUUAAAAGAAAAAGGUCAUUUUGUAAUCUGCUGCGCACAUUUUUUGACUGAGACGGUUGAUUUUUUGUGUGUCAGAUUUUUCGAACAUUUGACAACUUCAUUAGAAAUUUUGCUUCUUAAGUUUUAGAAAAAUUUAAAUCAUCAUUUUUAAAAUCUUCUUUUGGCAUGGAUUCUAAAAAGUUGUUUAAAUAAAUACUAGGAGAUGCAAUUGGGCAUUAUAAAAAUUUUGAGAUGGAAAAUGUUAUUUGAAUGUUUUGGAUGACUUUUCUGUGAAAUCUCAGUUCCUGUGUGAAGACUGAGAGAAGCAAUCACAUACACAUGUCAAAACACAUAUCCAACCCCAUAACCUGCUCAUUUUGUAUCCUUUGAUCAAUAUUACAUUGAGUUCCUAUCCAAUCCAGAGAAUAGGAAAGUCCUGGACUUAAGAUUUUAUUCAAAUUUAUUAAUGAAAAUUAGUAUUACUGAAUAUUUAUUUGAAUAUAUAAUUAUUCAGCAAGCAUGUGAAGUAGGUACUGAUUCACCAUUCACUUUUGAGGAGCAUUUUUGUUUUUGAAAGUAUCUAAUCGGCUUUAAUUUCCAUGUAAUUCUAUCUAAAAGCUUGGUGUUAUUAUGGUUUUUAAAUCUCUCCUUAGGAGAAUUUUGAACUGGUGAAAUCAAUGAAUUAAUUAGUGAUUGUAUCACUAUAGUUAUUCCCAGAUUACAAUUUAUUGAAAGUGCAUGAACAUGUGUGAUACCCCUCGAGAGUCACUUUGUGACAUUUAGAUGCAUGUUGCAUGAUACACCUGAAGUUACUCAUUAAUCUUUAUUCCAAAAUUUUUUUAAUCCUUUCAAAAAUGGAAUGAGGGUUCACUUCUAGAGCUCACGGAUCGAGAUGCUUUUAAUUAUAAAGCGUCAUAAAUUUUUUGAAUCCUUUGAACUUUCAUUUGGUACUAUCUGUGGAAUUUCAAAAAUCUCAUAUCGAUCAUAUUGCUGAAAAGUUGAACCUGAGGUGUGUGCACUUACCAAUGUCAGAGGAUUGUGAAAGGUUUACCCUGUGAAAACAGGGUGCAAGUGAGUUACAAGUUCACAUAAAAAAGAAGACAAAGUUGUUGUUUUA